AUGUGGAAAGUCCGUCCUUCGGAGAAAGCGCAGUACCUCCCGGUGGUGGAAGAAACCGAGAGCGAUGGGAUGCUUUCAGGAAGACCAAGCGACGUCCAAAUCCAAGAAGAUUGCAAUGGUUCGGGCAGAGGCCUGCUAUGGUCGCCGUGGAUGCUGCAUAUCAUAGCCUUCAUCUGCUACAGCUUCGUCUUCGGCAUGAUGUACCGGAAUCCACAAAGUAACGAGCGCUGCGUGGAGAAGCACUCAUUAUACUCGCCCGCCCUCGAAGCUGUAUCCGACGACUACAAGCUCGUCCGCUUCAAUCUCAGCGCCAUCUCGCCGUCGCCCUGGGCCGGCCCGCCCUCGGCGUCCGUCGACGCCGCCUGGCAAAAAUACACCAAUCUCGGCGCGCUCGUGCUCUCGGAAGAAGACCUAAUCCGCACCAAUGGAUCGCGAUAUAGUGCGAAGGUGCCGAAGGAAGUAGGCGACGGGUACAUCGCGCAUGUCGAAUGGUACCAUCAGCUGCAUUGUGUGUAUAUGCUCUGGCAGCAAACGUAUCCGGAGUGGUACACCGAGGAGGCGAAAAUGAGAGAGGAGGAGCCAGAGCUGUGGCAUGAGCAUCUAGACCACUGCGCCGAGACUCUCCGCGCGGCAAUCAUGUGCCACGCAGACGCCAACGUGGUGCCCUCAAACUGGGUCAAGGGCCGACACUGGCCGCAUCCCAACUACAAUCUCGACCACAAGUGUCGCGAUUUCGAUGCUGCGUAUCAGUGGUACUACGAGCAUCAGGCGAAUCCACCGCCGGGGUUUGAGAUGUUUGCGAGGCCGGAGGAGGGUGGGUAUAGCGAGUACGAUGAUCUGCCGUUCGACCCGUUUGAUAAGGGAACGGUGGUGCCGCUGAAGGAGAAGGCACCGAAGACGGAGUAG